GUGUGUAGAGACCCAGAGCAGCAGAGCAGCAGAGCUCUCAGAUAGACAUGGCGGCGGACCCGAAGCCGGACUGGCUCUCGUGCCUCCCCUCUUCGUGGAGUUACGGGGUGACUCGGGAUGGACGCAUAUUCUUCAUCAACGAAGAAGCAAAGAGCACGACCUGGUUGCAUCCUGUGACCGGAGAGGCUGUGAUCACCGGGCACAGGAAAACUCCAGAUUUACCAACAGGAUGGGAGGAAGGUUACACAUUCGAGGGAGCUCGCUGCUUCAUCAAUCACAAUGAGAGAAAGGUGACCUGUAAGCACCCGGUGUCAGGUGUCCCCUCCCAAGACAACUGCAUCUUUGUCGUAAAUGAACACAUGAAUUGUGGAAAGCUUGUCCACCCUGACAAGCCCAUAGAGGCUCUCAGCAGGCCGGCUCCUCAGGCUUCGUCAGAGCAGGGCAGCAGCAGUGACAAGAAGGAGCGUCCCAUGAGCACCAUGAGCGAGGCAUCAAACUACACAGGGGGCUCCGACUACAGCACCUUCCCUGGCAGCCCGGCCACCACCGUCACUACUGCCACCACCACCUCCACCUCAUCCACAAGGCCAUCUAGGUCUUUCAAAAAAGUUCACAACUUUGGAAAGAGGUCAAACUCCAUCAAGAGGAAUCCCAAUGCCCCGGUGGUCAAAAGCAACUGGCUUUACAAACAGGAUAGCACAGGCAUGAAACUCUGGAAGAAGAGGUGGUUCGUUCUGUCCGACAUGUGCCUCUUCUACUACCGCGAUGAGAAAGAGGAUAACAUCCUGGGAAGCAUCCUGCUGCCAAGCUUUCACAUCUCCAUGUUGUCGGUGGAUGACCACAUCAGCAGGAAAUACGCCUUCAAGGCCACUCAUCCCAACAUGCGGACGUAUUAUUUCUGCACUGACACGGCAAAAGAGAUGGAGUCCUGGAUGAAAGUCAUGACGGAUGCUGCCCUGGUCCACAGUGAGCCAGUCAGAAGACUGGACAAGUUGAAAGUGGAUCAGCGAACACCUCAGGAGUUGAACAACUUACUGAACCACAGAGUCCUAACCCGGCCUGAGAUCCAGAACAAUGAACGCAACCGUGACCCUGUGCGACAACACUCCUUAUCUCGAGCUGACGACAAGCGGCAAAAAGACCCGGAGAAACACAACGACCAAAGGGAGCGUGAGUACUACACCUUACAGAGAGAUGGGGAGAGGUACUCCCUGAAGAAAGACGGCGUGAGCUACAUGCUUCAGACGGACGGAGAGAGGUGUCUCCUCCACAAGGACGGAGAGAAGUACAUGCUGCGAAAAGACGGGGAGAAUUCCUUGCUGCAAAAGGAUGGAGAGGUGUACGCAAUUCACAAAGAUCUGGAGAAGUAUGCUGUUCAGAACGUGGACGGAAAGGGCAAUGCAACGCUGUCAGAGGAGAAAUAUGCUCCGACUAAAGAUGGAGAGAAGUACCUGCUGAAGAAGGAUGGAGAAAAAUAUGCACUGCAAAAAAUAGGAGACAGGCACACUCUACAGAAAGAGGGACAGAAAUACGUUCCCCAGAAGGAGGUGAAGAGACAGCUGUCAUUGAAGGAGACGGAGAGGUACGGCAUAGUGAGGGAGACAGAUAAUAAGUAUGGUACCAUUCAAGUUGUGGACAAAUACGGCACUCUGAAGGCAGUGAAGAAAUACAGUACGCUCCGAGAAGGGGAUAGGUACGCCACUCUCAGAGAUGCAGGGAAGUAUGCUACGGUUCGUGGGGAGAAGUAUGGCUUCCAGAGAGACCUGAGUGCAGAGAGGCCUCUGACUAAAAUCAGCAGCAUCAAACUGCAGCCGGCUCAGGCCGCCGCUAUCGCCGCCGCAGUGUCUGCAUCUCGCCAGGGCCAGGCCAACCUCAAUGUCCAAAUUCCUGCGCAGGUCAAUGGCUCGGGGUCCACGGCAGGGGAGCUGACUGGGGACUGCAGCCAGGCAGAGGUGGACAGCAGCCUGGCUUUGGGACCAGUAAAGUCCCCUGCUGCAGGCCCCUCUCUGGAGCCAGAGAGGGGCCUGUCCAGGACCAACUCCAUGCAGCAGCUGGAACACUGGGUCCGCACACACAGGACAAGAGGACCAGAUGAUGACGCCAGGAGUGUGACGUCCUACCAGACCUUACCCAGGAACAUGCCCAGCCACCGUGCUCAGAUCUUGCCCCGUUACCCGGAGGGCUAUCGCACACUGCCCCGCAACAGCAUGAUGAGGCCCGACAGCAUCUGCAGUGUGGCGGGCUCUGUGUAUGACCGGGCCCUCCGUCCCGCCUCCACCUCCACCGUCACCACAGCAGAGAAGAGGAGGUCAAUGAGGGACGACACCAUGUGGCAGCUGUACGAGUGGCAGCAGAGGCAGGCCUUUUCCAGGCAAAGUCUGGCACAGCCAACAGCUGUGGGUCAUUAUGGCACUCUGCCCAGCACAAAGACCAUGGGUAACAUCUCUGAACACUCCGUGGCACACUCCAUCCCCACCUCGCCAUCUCACGGCUCCCUGGCUCUCUACAGCACCUUCUCCCCUCCUCACCAGCAGGUCGCUCACAACCCCAGCAGCUCCCACUCAGAGGUGUCCUCACCCGUCUUCAGGGGGGACAUGACGCAGGACCACUGGCACAGGACGCACCUCACCAAGUCUCACCCCCCUCCCCCACAGUACGGCUACCAACCUGACCGACGAUCCAUCGCAGUCGGGGUCCCUCCACAGUCCAUCACCCCACAGUCCCUGCAAGGCAAGACGCCCGAGGAGCUGACUCUGCUCCUGAUCAAGCUCCGCCGGCAGCAGGCGGAGCUCAACAGCCUACGGGAACACACAGUAGCACAGCUAAUGGCCCUGGGUUUGGAGGGGCCCAACGCUAAGACUGAUGUACUUUCUCAUCACCUCCAAAGGAACCUUAUUUACCUGGACAGCCAGACCAGUCCAGACGACUUCAAGGACGCCGCCUUCAUCCAGCGCACAGAGGAGCCUGAUAUAGACACCAAGCUGAGCAGACUUUGUGAGCAGGACAAAGCAGUGAGGAUGCAGGAGGAGAAACUGCAGCAGCUACACAGAGAGAAGCACACUCUUGAGACGGCCCUGCUGUCUGCCAGUCAGGAGCUGAGUGAACAGAGCGGCUCCAAUGCUGCAGCCACACAGAGCCUGGUCCAGCAGAGAGACGUGCUGCAGAACGGCCUGCUCAGCACCUGCAGAGAGCUGUCCAGAGUCACCAGUGAGUUGGAGCGUUCCUGGAGGGAGUACGACAGGAUGGGGGCAGAUGUCACUCUGGCCAAGUCCAACCUGCUGGAGCAGCUGGAGGCCCUGGGCAGCCCACAGACAGAACCUCCUAGCCAGCGGCACAUCCAGAUCCAGAAGGAACUGUGGAGGAUCCAGGACGUGAUGGAGGCUCUGGCCAAAAAUAAGCCACAGCGGAGCACAGACAGCACAGGUUUACCUGGUUCCAAACCGCUCUCCAGUCUACAGAAGAAUGAGCAAGCUCCGGACUACCGGUUGUAUAAGAGCGAGCCUGAGCUGACCACCGUGAAGGAGGAAGUAGACGAGGCCAACAAUGAGGACAAGGACAAGACAGAGAGCUCUGCUGAGAGUAAGGACACUGCAGCUUCAAAAGUCCCCCCCUACCCAGUGGGCAUCAUUCCUCCCAGGACCAAAUCUCCCAUGAGACUCCCUGAGUCCUCCACCAUUGCCUCCUAUGUUACCCUGAGGAAGACCAAGAAGCCUGAAUCUAGAUCUGACCGACCCAGGAGCGCUGUGGAUCAGACAGGGUUUGGGGAGAGAGAGGUGGGAAGAACGAGGAUGAGUGUGGAGGAGCAGUUGGAGAGGAUGAGGAGAAACCAGCAGGCCUCAUCGCUCCGAGAGAAGAAGAGGGAAACCCCAUCCCGCUCGCCCUCCUUCAGCAAAGACAACCCUUUUAUUAUCCAGCAGUGCCGGGUCCAGGCAGAGGGGGCCUGUGCAGACCCUGUGGAGCUGGAGGCAGCUCUGCAGCAGCUGAAGGAGGCUCACAUGGAGCAGAGCAGGAUGGCUGCUGAGUCUCCAGGGACUCACACAGAACGUACACCUCAGGAGGUGCAGAGAGUGGAGGAGGUGAAAAGUGAGAGUGAGGAAGUGCAGUGGGACAGGGCCGUGACCCUGCAGAGUGUGAAUGAUCCGCAGGCUGAGGACCACAGCAGGGACAAUGAGCUGUGUGAAAGCCAGAGGGUGGUGAUUCUGGACCUGGGCACAGAGCCUCUGCAUGUGGAGAUUGUUAAUCUUCAGCCUUUUGAGGAUGAAGAAAGCAGGGAGCAAGAUCUGACCAGCUCACCGACAAACACCACCACUGAAAACAGCUUCCAGACCCCUGAACCAGAGACGCCAAGCCCAGAGCCAAGGGACGAGGAAGCAGACGUGAUGCAACAAACCACCAGAGAGGAGAAGCUGGAGAAGAGAUUGGAUUGUUCCAACCAGCUGACAGCAGACGACAAGAAACCCAACAACAACAACAACAACAUGAUGGCUUCACAGACAUUCACCCUGGUGAGCAGUGACACGUGAGCGACGCCGGCCUCAACAUCCACACAGGCGUCCCGUAAAGCCCAAAUGUAGCCUGCCUCCACAGAGCAUGCUCCACGGCUUCCUGUCUUUACAACAGGACUACUUUGAUACUACUGUUACAUGCCCACAAGGAGACUGAGACUGAGAGGAUACAGCCCUGCUAACUGAGUCCACACAGAUGGGCCGCCAUCACUUCCAGACAGAAAGAAAGGCAAAUUAACUGUAUCUUUAGCACCUGUUAGAUCUUUCCAUACUGAUAUGUCCCUGAAAAAUACACCAACACUAUGGAGUCAGAUCUGUCUCAAAACAUGUCUGCAUAAAAAUAAGAUUGUGAAAUGGUGAAGUCAUAAAUAUUUACAAAUUACUUCUGUUUUCACUUAAAUAUACCUGAGCAACACAAGAAAUGUUUGUAAGGGUUUUGAUACUUUUUCCAGAAUCCAAAUGAGUCCCCAGCUAUGCAUCAAGAGGCAGCCAUACCAGGUCCUUUAUUGAAAAGGAAGUGGUAGACCAAGGUUGAUUUGACAAACUCAAGUGUCAACUUAUUUGUUUAAACUUCUUGACCUGUAAGAUAAUCAGCCCCACAGUCACGAAAAUGGGUAGUAGUUUGAGGAGAGGUCUGUUUCAGCCACCUUUAUGUAUGUUUUGUUUCUUGUCAGAAAAGCUAAACUGAGGGUCACUAACCUUUCUGAUACUAAGAGCAACUGUGAAAUGGAGGGCCACUUUUUGAAAAUUAAUCUGCAUCACAUUUGUCCCAGCGUUUUCUCGGCUGAGAGCUUUUGUUGUGUCUGGUUGAAGCAAAGAUGUCAGCACAAGGUAGAGCACUUGCUCUGGAGGACGGGAAGGCUGAAGAGAGAAGACAGACCCAAUGUGUUCAUGAGAUUUUGUGGAAGAGGAAACUUCUAGUAUAGUAUAGAUAUCUAACUUAUUUGGCAGCCCUCAGAGCCCAACACACAAUCACUACAGUUAUGUGAAAAAUAACUGAAGAAGACAAGAGCAAAAAUAUGCUUCAGGUCACAGCUACAGGCGAUGCUUUAGUAUAGCAGCUGUUACUCAGACUAUUUACAUAUAUUUUCCAACAGAGGUCUGAACACCAGUGUAAACACACCUUUAAAGCCCCUACAACCCAAGUCCAAACUGAAAUUCCGAUGCAAAAAGGGAUAUGUCUGUGCACAUGAAUUUCUUCCUGGAACAAUUCACACCAAGGCCUCACCACAUUGCUGCAUUUCAGUUGUGACCGAUUAAUUGUAUAAAUGGAGAUAACACUUUUAAUAAGUCUCUCCUUCCAGUCAUUCAUGGUCAGUUGUGUACAUGAAGUGACCAAAGAGCUUUUGUGAAUAAUGAUAGAAGUGAACUUUGAAAUAUAAAGACUACCAACCCAAGCCCAGUGUCAGAAAGAACUGUCAGAACAUUUACCACUGCAACCUAUUUGAUGAUUUAUCUGUGAAGUUGUAAAAUGCUGACCACAAUAUAAACUAAUUAGCAUGUUGUUAAAAUGUUUAUUUUAUUUAUUUAUUUAUUUUUCCAUUUAUCCAGUCAGGCUGAAUAAUAGGUAACAAAGAGCUUGAACAAUCAGUCGUAUUUUUUGGUUGUCAGUCCCCUGGCUAAUAUUACCGCGACCCUAGUUAGGUGUUAGUUUUUUGUUUUUCUUUCUUUCCAUUUUUGGGUUGUUGUUGAUUGGCCACACUUUCAUUGCUAUAAAUAUACAAAAUCAAACCAUUUCACAAUCUUGACAUUAUGAAGAUUUUUUUUGUAGGUAAUAUAGCUCCAUUGAUGUGUUGCCAACCGUACACACACACGCACACACACACACAUACACACAUACACAUCCAUACACAGAAGAUUUGAUACCUUACUAAGUAUUAUAGUCAUCUUAACAUAAUCAUUCUUAGACCAUUCUACUGAUCUGGAGAAGGGGGUAUUUGCUGUUACUGAGCUGUUGGAGGUGAGUGAACAGCUUCAUAUAGGAGCACUUGAGAAGUGCAGAUGGGCUAAGCACCAAAUCUCAACACACAUGCAGUGCUUUACUUUAACCCCAAAGUGACCACAGAGGCUCUUGGAUUUUAACCUGCUCUGAUUUUGAUUAUUUCUGUUCAUUUGAGACUGACGGCUCCCUUAUGACUAUAUUUUCAUUUUGCACCUAUAACAUAAUAUGUUGUCCUUUAUUGGAUAUACAAAUAUAAAAAGUACAUAUAUGAACAUAAAGCUGAUUUUUACUUUUGACAACAAGGUGCCACUUCAUGCUGCUGAUUCUUUUGGACAGAACUAAGUUUUUUGCAGAAGUUGUGAUUAUUUAUGUUGAGAAGACAGUCUGAAUAUCCUUAGGUCUGUUGAUGACACACACAGUAUGUAAAUGUUUUGGAUUUCCAGUCUGCUUUUUCAGUUGUGUCUCAUUGUUUUUCUCAUUAGUUUACAUUACUUAGAAGAUAUACAGAGGCUGAGGACAUGACACAGAUUCAAUAUUUUGCGUAUGAAUCUGUCCUAGGUGGUGAAGAAUUGGAGAAUAGCACAUGUACGAAGCAAUAAGUCGGACUAUGGAGCUCCAGGACAUAAAAUAAAUUUAAAAUAGAUGUAUAAAAUGUAAAAAAAAGACAUAAUACAAGAUAGCUUAAUUUAUGUACACACUGAAAAGACGAAGAGCGAGUAUUAUAACUAUAAGAGGUAUUAAUAUUAUUAGGGUCAAUAUGCAAAAAGUUCAUAGCCCAUCUG